AAUUGCACAUUGUUUAAAAAGUAUGACCUGUUCAGGCAUAACAAUGAAUAUGCAAAGAGAAGGGAAGAAGAAAAAAAAAAAAAGAAAAAAAAAUUCCUAAACCAGUUGAAAAGUUUUUUCCAUAUUGUAAGGACAAAAUUCUGGAAUGUAGGAAAAUACAAAAAGAAUAAGACAGUGUCCAUACUAUAUUAUAAUGACGAUGAAUACAUAAGCGAAAAUAAUGGUAACAUCAUCGUGACGGUGUUUCUUUCCCCCGUGUGGUCAUUUCUCCGGAACAAGAUAAGGACAACUAUAGGGAGGUUGUUAAAAUGGAGUGGAUUUUUCUACAUAUGGGAGAAUUUGAAAUUCUUCGUGCCGUUUCAAAAUGGAAGGAAUAAGACAAAAAUAACAUGUCUGGAAGAGGUGGAAGAACAAAAUCAAGCCACCCUGCAUAAGCUAGACCGAUGCGUUCUCCUUGACCCGAUAACGGACAACCUGUCCAACAAACACAUGAUACAAAUAUGCAAAAAUUAUUUAACGAACAUGUUAUAUUAUGUGCACAAUGGGCGCGUAAAUUAUAAGGAGAGUAAAGAAAUAGAAAAAAUAAAAAAAUUGUUUAUCCACAAGGUUAACAAUUUAAAGGCUUUCAAUGCAGAAAAUAAUCUCUACAUCAGUGAUGAUUCAUUGAUAAAAAAAAUUAUGGUCCGAGACAGCAGCGUCACACACCAUCAUUAUCAUAGAAACGAAAUGAAGGAGCCGAGUAAUUUUUGCAAAAUAAGGAAUUACGAAAAUGAAUGUGUGAAGGUGUACUACAUCCCGAAUGGGAACCCUUUAAGGAGUAACAACAACGGAGAGUAUAUUUGUAUGAACUACAAGAACAGACAUCAGUUAAUACUUCGCGUGAUCAUUAACCGUCUUGGAACAUUUUACUUUUUCGUUUUUUUUAUAUCCUUUUUGCUUCAACAGACAUAUCGUUUUAGGACAAAUAAUUAUACAUAUUUUGCUCUUAGUUUUUUCGUCCUCUUCUUCUUUUCUGCAUUGAAAGAUCUUCACACGAUAGCUCAGCGGAUUGCCACUGAGCGGAAGGUUAACGCUAAGACGUGCAGGCGGGUUACUCCUGUUGGGUUGGUGGAUGUCCCUUGCGCUGAGGUCAAGGUGGGUGACGUACUCUACCUAGAAGAAAACGACGAAAGCCCCGCAGAUUUGGUUCUCCUAAAGUGCAGCCACGAUGACGUGUGCGUGUGUUCAAAAAACCUGGACGGAAAGACGGACCUUCAAAUAAGGAAGAGCAUUCUGCUUACGUCUUACUUACCAAACAUUUAUGACCUGUUCAGGUUAAAAAUAAAAGUGAUGCUUGAAAAACCGCAUAAACGGUUGGAUAAAAUGAACGGCUUAUUUAUUCUUACUAAUUAUCACUCCUUUGUUAAGCAUAUGUACAGCGACUUGGUAUGUUUGCAAAACACAUUUUUCAAAAAUGCCAAUGAGAAUUUUCAUCAUGGGAGCGAAGUUUUUAAUUAUGUUAUUGAAGACACCUAUAUUGAGAAGACGUACAAAUGUGUGGAUUUUCUGAUACGGAGGUCGUCAGUUCCUUUUGGGGAUCCAUCUGUCGGGGGUGUCUUCACAAGUCCGCCACCAGGCAAGGCUGCCCAUAUUGACUACAUCUCCAGCACCGACUUCGCGAACCGACCAAGCAAAACACAGGACACCCAUUUCGAAAGCUACAUCAGUAAGUUCGACUCCAAAAAUUCAUCACCCAUCGUACGUGAUGAGAAGGAAGAAAACUACAAGGAGCAAAUUGGAACAGAAAAUGUCAUCUGGUGUGGUAGCAAGAUAGUGCGGGGGAAAGUAUAUGGUCUUGUCGUCUACGCAGGGGCAGAUAAAAAAACAAGCAUUAUAGUGAGUAGGAAAAAAAAUAUAUCAGAUGGGGAUUGUAAAGCGCAGUGCAGACCAUUGCAGAUGUGGCUAUUUCUCAUAUUAAUAGUAUGUGUCUAUUUGUGCUUACAAGGAGGAGGUCCACUUGGAACAGGCGCCUUGAUAAAUUUUGUCAGGUACUUCCUCCUGCUAGUUCCAUACACACCCUACGUCAAUAACAUGUACGUUUUCUUAAUCAGCAGAAUUUCGUUCCAUACGUUACGGAAGCGAAAAGCCAUUCCACAUUUCUCUCUGCUUAACUUUGACAUCGCUGAUCGGAUUAGCAGCACGUCUUUCCUUCUGUGUGACAAGGAUGAAGUGGUCGGUGGAGUGGGAUUGAAGUUACGAGGGGUGCACUUUCUGCUUGGCGAGUUGGAAGACAAGAGUGGGGGUAAUAGCCACAAUGACGGUCGUAGUGCUCGUCGUAGUGGUGGCCACAAGGGUAACCUUCCCUACUGGAGAUGCCUCCUGCAAGCACUCCUAAACAUUGUCGACUUCAACUCCUACUUGUGUGCACCAUCUGCAAAGGGGUCCCAGAAAAACUGCGCACUUUUGAAAAGCAUAGACCGGAACAGCCUCCCACUGCUAAGCGGAAACAAAGGAGACAAAACGGACAAGCUGUACAAAACAAUCUUCAGUGAUAUCUUAAAUUACACAGCUGACAAAUCGAACAAAAUGUUUUUAACCCUUCUGUGCAUGCUAUUUUGUAAUGUAACAAUGGUUAGCGGAAGAGGGGUUUUAAAAAAAAAUGAAAAAGAACGCACGCUACAUUCAACGUGGGAUUCCAUUUACUCCCCACGCCUGGAGGAAAAUGUCCUCAUAGACUUCGUGAAGUCUUGCGGAAUGGACAUUUUUAAAAAGGAUGCUUCCAAAAUUGCCGUUGGAAUUUUAACUCCCACGAUUAGACAGAACGAAAAAGGGGAAAACAAAACACACGGUGUGAAAAAAAAUAGAAAGACCAAGGGGAAGGAGAAAAAUGUGCACAAUAAUUCGAAUGAACGCUCUUCUGAGAGGAGGAAAGAAAAAAGAAAAAAAAAAAAUUAUGAACAGGUCAGGCAAAAAUGCUGGCAUUUUAAAAACUCACUACAAAAUGGCGGCAUUUUUAAAUUGUCCAACGUGGCGGAAAAGGUAGACAGGGGCGAGGUGAAGUGUGAGCGAUUCCGCGUGUGUAAGAACGAGUGGGAGGAACGUUCAAGAAGUAGUAGUAAUAACGGUAGCAGAGGUGGAUUAAGCGUCCCCUGUGGGAAAAGGCGCGCCGCGAAAAAUGGUCGACAUGGUCGUUGCCGCCCAGGCAGUGGGGACCAAAAGGGGAAAAAGAAAAAGGUGAAAACAUACAACUUUGAAAUCCUAGAAGGACUAUCCCUAGACUGUAACGACCAAGUUAUAUGCACCCUCAUCUCGUACAAUGAAAAAAUAUUUAAUCUGGUUAAGGGGCCUGGCGAAAAGAUUGCUAAGAUGAUGUCUUGUGAAAGGGGAAAAAAGAAACUGAGGUCGAUUUUAAGGCCAGCUUCUGCGAAAGGCUUUCGCGUAGUUGUUUUUGCGUACAGAGAAGUUACACAGAACGAGUUAGAUCAAUACAAAAAGGUUAGCAACGAAGAGGAGAAGAAACUUUUUUUUAAAAAUGUGUUCGCUAACAAUGUAAUUGUGUUAGCCAUUGCGACGCUGAAGGAAGGUAUCCACGAAGGUGCAAAAAAGUGUCUGGAUCUGUUCAAAAGAGCGAAAAUAAAAACGUGGAUUCUCUCUGGAGAGAAGAAGGACAGUGUUAUAGCUACCUCUACGUCUUUACAGCUGCUUAGACAAAGGAAUUAUGUUUGUCACCUGAGUAGGAGAAGGCUCACACGGUUGGUGCGGAACAAAAUGGGGACAUUCAAUACGUUGCAGAGUAAUUCCUUAUCGGGUAUCUACACCAAUUGUGCUUUCCACUUGGGGGCACCACCUCCUAAUGGGAAUAUAACCCUUCGAAGGGGGACGUUACCCGUGUGCAACAUCUGCAGUGAGGACCAUGGCGGAUGCCAUCACGACGACUAUAUGAAGCAGAAGAACAGAAGUUCACACAAAUUGGUUCUGCCUAAAUAUGAUGUGAUCCACGAAACAAGCCCUUCCAACGGAUGGGUCAACGGUGGUGUGGACAGAAGCAGGGUAGACAACAACGAAACGGUAAAUUGCUUUGAAGCCGAAUUGGAGCAUACCCUACAGACGUGUGGAGACACCAACACUGUUUUUUUCCACCCCAAUGUUGGAAAAGUCUUACCCAAAAGGGCAACUAAAAUGAAUUCACUACAGGGGGAUGGAGCCUUAACAAAUGCACUGAGCGAAAUGCUGUACCAGUUUAGCUACCCCUUUAGGGGGGCUGAGAAAAAAGGGAAGCCUAACGGGGAAUGCAAAGGGAGGAAUAUCCAGUUCGAUAAGAAAAGCCCAACUGACGUGCAAAACGAACAACACCUCGACCGAAGGAACGAUACACAAAGGAAAUUUAGUAAAGUUCCCCCCCCGCAUAACCGUGUGUAUAUCAUCAAAGGAGACAUAAUUGACUACUACUUAAAACACGGGAAAAAGGAAUUCAUAAAAUCGCUAACUCAAUCUCGGUGCGCCCUCUUCUACGACUGCAACUCCAUCCAAAAGGGGAAGAUAGCCAGAUGUCUGCGCAGUGCAGCAAAUGCAAAACAUAAGGGUGGCAUUUUAUGCUCAGUAGGAAACCAUGCUAAGGACAUAAACAUGUUUAAUGAAUCAGAUAUAGCCAUCCGUGUGAACAGGCAUAGCGACACUAAUGUGAGCAACCUCUACGCAGAUAUCGAGGUGCAAUCAUUUGAAGACCUUGGGUGUAUAUUUUUUUUAUAUGGUUACAGAAUUAGCCAGAAUGUUCAUUCCUUGCUUGUAGCUAGCUAUUAUAGAGGAUUUACAUUGCUAUUUCUACAAUUUUUUUUUUCUUACUUUUUCGCUAGCUGGUUAUCCAUCUUGUCCAACAUUUCCCUGGUCACCUUUUUCGCCUUUUUGUUCAUCAUCACGUUUGUGAUGAUUUCCACGUCGAGGAAUGAUGAUGCGUUGGUAGGGUACUCCAAUGGGGCCAACUACCACCUGUUACAGAGAAAUGCAGUGCACACGCGAAAUUUACAACGAAGGUUGUUUUCCCUAAAAUGGCUUUAUGCUGUCAUGUGGGUGGCACUGUAUCAGGCCUUUGUCCUGUUCAUGCGGGGUUAUUGCGCGCACUACGGGUGGGGUGGUCUCCCCAACUGUGCUAAUCCGCUAGGAAGCAACCCCACUGGACCAGAUCACCCCUACCUCCCCGGCAUGCAUAACGAAAUGUACGUUUUUCCUCCCUUAUUCAUCACGCACCUGUUGCACAGUCUGCUUUUCCUUCCUACCGCAAAAAGGAAUUCUUAUUUCCUCCCGUUUGUAGCCCUAUUCAUUUUAUUUUUAAUUGCCCACAAAAUGUUGUUAAGCUCACUAUAUCAUUUUCGUUUGGUAUUUUUUUUCAAAUUGGAUUUUUCCUUUUGUGCAUACACCGCUGUCACUAUUGCCAUUGUUAAUGUGCCGCUUGUUAUUUAUUAUGUGUUUUUAAAAUGCACAACGGGGGGGGCGAAGUCGGCACUUAGGCAUAUGAAGCAUUCUUUUGAAAGUCUGUGUUCUGGUGCUCACCAGAUUGUUCAUAUUGGAAGUGUAAGUUCUUCCCUCGAUACCGUUCCCUCGUUUUGUAAG